AGGGAGUUAGACUUGACAGCCACAGAGCUUGCCAACCGGCAAGACCAGAGCGAUGCCUCCCGCAAACGGCUGGUCGAACUUAGCAGAGAGUUUAAGAAGAACACUCCAGAGGGGUCAGCUGACUCGGAUAUGACAUAUGGACCCAAGAGUGAGGUUACGUUCCUGCUGCAGGGAUGGCUCUAUAAGUUUGUAAGUGAGCGGCUUGGUGCAAAGACAAUCAUUAUCAAGCUUGGGCAGCUUCCAAGACAUCAGAAAGGUAGGCCGUUGUUGAAGACCUUCCAGGGAGAGGUGGACGCGCUGUCGAAGAGAAGCAAGUCCGCCGAGGCCGCCUUCCUCUCCGUCUACAAGAAGCUCAUCGACACGCCAG